AGUCACCCCAGUUGAGACGGCACCUAGCACUUCACCAUUAUCAGAUUACACGAGAGGGCCAUGUUUUACAACGAUCGUGGUGAUUUGCUAUCUAGCUUGUCUGGCGUAUUUCCCUGCCAUCCUUUUCCUAUGCGAGCCAAGAACCAGUCCUGGAAGAUCCAUGCUAUCCUCAACGCCAAAAUCUCAGAAAAGCCAGAGUUUGUCCCCAUGUCUAUGGAUGCGUGCCCCCGUACCUCGUCCAAGUCUCAUAAAAAUGUCGUGAACCUUUCGACAAUACAUUCCGAAAGGGCAAGAAAAGUUUGUUACAGAGGCCACCGCGAGCGCUUAGAUGUGGUGUCUAGCGCGGAGGGAGCGGCGACCGUGGGCUCUCUUCUUCUGCCAGACCAGGACCUCGGUUGUGCCAGACUGGCAUUUGGUGCCAGGAGCCAUACUCAUGAGCACCGACCACUGUCCAGAGGCACAACGCUGGAAAUGAGUGCCGGAGACGCAGUUCCACUGGCCCUCGGGGUGCAGGUCUUGCCGGGAGUCAUGGAGCCGUCAGUUGCAUCACCAGAUCCGGCACCAGGCGAGGGAGCUGCGGAUGGAGUGGCAGAGGGAGCAGCCGAGGGGGCAGCAGAAGGGGCGGCCGAGGGAGCGGCUGCCGUAGUGGGAGCAGGCAUGGCGGUGGGCGCCGCAGAUCCUUCGGUGCACUCUUCGCUGGGUGAAGCCGGAACGCUGACGGUCGCGAGUGUGGUCGGUCGGGCAGAGUUGCUAGAGGCCGGGACGGUGAGGAAGACGCCGCCAGGGCUAAUGGGAGUCAGUGUAAUUACAGUGACAAGGAGUGAGGUACACUUACAGUCCAGCAGAUGAAGAGGCGCC